AAUUUUAUAGUGUUCUUUCUUCAUGACCACCUUUUGCAGGAAGCCUUGACAGCAUGUGCACUUACAGAUCAGACAAUUAUACCUAUCAGUGCAGUUUUAGAUGCUUUGAAGUGGACACGUAAGGAUACCAAGACAAUUGAUCCUCAAGUAGUCACUCAAGCUUCAUCACUAAGUCGAAUUCCUUUGGAUACUUCCUCUUUGGAUAUUCUCCUAUUCCUUCACGUAUCAUAUGAAUUUACCAAGAAGCAGAUUGACGACAUUUUAAGAGUUUUGAAGCCUGGCGGAACAGUUGUGUUUUUAGUAAGCGCUGAAUCAGCUGUGGUUAAUGAGGUAUCGCCUCUGGAGCGCUUAUUGAUGGUUACAGGCUUUUGUGAACUUGGUGUUAAUCAAGCGGAUGAUAAAUCUGUAGUGGUUACUGCCUGUAAAGCUGUUUGGAAAAUCGGUUCAUCCUUUGCUCUCAAGAAGAAGAAUCCCAUUAAGAGUUUGCCGAAAGUUGAGAUUAACGAUGACAUAGAUCUCAUUGAUGAAGACAGUCUCUUGACUGAAGAUGAUCUGAAGAAGCCCCAAUUGCCAGUUGCUGAUGAUUGUGAAGUUGGAAGCACGAAGAAAGCAUGCAAAAACUGUACAUGUGGGAGAGCUGAAGCCGAGGAGAAAUUACCCAAGUUAGGAUUGACUAUGGAUCAGCUGAACAAUCCUCAAUCUGCAUGUGGUAGUUGCGGACUUGGUGAUGCAUUUCGAUGCAGCACUUGCCCAUACAAGGGCCUCCCCACUUUCAAACUCGGUGACAAGGUUAGUUUAUCUGCAAACUUCCUUGCAGCUGACAUUUGAAUAGGCCAAAGUGAAGAUGCUUUUAUGUCUCAAAUUUCGAACUUAACAUUAAUUAUUAUUAUUAUUGUUAAGUAAGCAUGAAUCAAAUUUUCUAUUAUGAGAACACACUAUUAUAUUAUGUAGUAGAAAACUGAUUGUUACUUUCAA